AUGCCACCACGCUCCCUUUCCUCCUCAUCCACACUUGCGCCCCCCACCAACGCCGACACCAACCAACCCCCUAACAGCUCAACCUCUUCAUCACCACGUCGUGGUGAUGAAGAAGAACCUCGCCCAACACACACCGCCGAAAUCGGCACCCUAAAGAAACUCUCUGUCCCUGGCGGCACAGCAUGGCUCGGCUCCUCCUCCGGUGUAUACUUCGUCAAUACCGUCCGACGUGCAUUUUCCGCCGCCUUUGCACACAACCUCGAAAACGACAGUGAUACUGCCGUCCCAGCCUCUGAGGAUAUCAUCACAGGCGAAGAUGCUGCAGGGAGGAGUUUCAAUGGGAGUGGGAACGUAGCAAUGCCAACGAGAGGGGCGUGGUGGCUGCAUGAUCAGGAUAUCCAUAGACGGAUUGUGGCGGCUGUAGGGAGACCGCCUGCGAACCAGGGAUUAGCGAUGGAUUUGAUUACGACGUUCUUUCGUCAGACGCAUCCAUUGUUUCCGUUCUUGCAUGGACCGAGGUUUCUGGAGGACGUGAGGGAAAUAUAUGUGGCGAUCCAUGGGCAGCCUUCUUCAUCGAUAGGGCAGGCUUCGUCGCGCCCAGAAGGUAGCACGCCAUACUCGGCGACGAAUGAUAGGAGGACGGAUAGCUCGACCCGUGUGACUGCGAAUUCAGCCUUGUCGACCUUGGGUAAUAUCCAGUCCGUCGACCCCUUGAAGCUGAUCACUUUUCAAAUCAUAAUCAAUAUCGCAAAUCACUCACAUACUCCAUCCACUAAGAGUGACCCAACAAAUAGCCUACCACCCUCCUCUCUAAUUCCCUCGUCUCAGAGUCUCCUUAGCCUUGUUCUGCCCCUGUCAACGACACCAUUACUGCCGACAAUACAACUCCUUCUUGCUGCAGAACUCUACCUCCUUACCACUAUAUCCCUUCGACAAGCCUCGACGCUUGCCGGUGUGACUCUCAGACUUAUCUAUCACGCCGGCCUGCACAGAUGUCCACUUCGCUACGCAAGCCUUACGGAAGCCGAUUGUGAAAUUCGCAAACGCAUCUUCUGGGCGGCGUACGCCAUCGAUCGGCAUCUGAGUCUUGCAUUAGGUGAUCCAAAUACCUUCCAGGACAGUGAUAUUGAUGUAUGUGUCAGUCGAGGAAUGAACGGAGAAGGCGAGAUGCACCGAGCUGUUGCUCGCGAAUUACUGACGGAGGACGAGAAGGAGGUCGAGGUCAAGCUGCACUAUGCGCGUGACUCAAUGGGCAGAAUCGUACAUAUGGAUCAGUGGCGCGGCGGCCUGAUGAAAGGCACCAAGACGAGGAAGGAAGACGAUCAACCACAAUCUCGAAAUCCUCCAACACCGAGCGCGAGAAGCAAGCAAUUGCGCGAAGCCGCGUUGACAGCGUACGUGCAUUAUGGCAGACUGACAGGCCGAAUCAUUGAGAUUUUCCACAAGUCAAUCAACUUCCGAUUUCCGAAAGAGGACGCCAUAGGUUUCCUGACGGCCGAUAUCGAAAACUGGUGGAACGAGCUGCCCAGCACCUUGACGGGUGAGUUUAAUCCCGCAGCAGCAGGUGGAGACGGUGAAGAGACUGUCGAACCGGGUUUGGUCCAACAGCAUAAGCUGUUAACACCGUUCUUUACUCUUCUGUACCAUCAACUUUUGCUCUUGCUCAACAGACCAAGAUUAUCGCUCGACCAGUCAACGGCAGAAUUUCAACAAGGACUUCAAGUAUGCAUCCGUGCAUCGAAGAAUACGCUCAUUGCUUUGAAGAAACACAAAGAGAACAGCCAAUCCGUGUUUCUGCCUGGUUUGUUGUCCGCCGCAUGGAUGGCAGGUCUGAUCAUCGCAUUUGCCUGUCAACUAGGCAAGUACCCAAAGGUCCGAGCAUGCAGUGAUAUCAGAUCGUGUCUGUUGCUUCUCGAGUCGAUGAACCUCAAAUGGUACACAGUCAAGAAUUGCCACAAAGUUCUCACUUUGUUGCUGGCUAGUAUCAACGAAAGAAAGGCUGCGCCGAACGGAUAUCUGCCUGCGUGUCGUAAUGAUCAAUUGUCGAAUGCGCCAGGUACUUCGGCUAGAGGAGGGUCGAGGAAGCGCAACCGUGACUCCACGUUGGUUGGCAAUAACGAAGCUGAACCGUCUCCGAAGCGAGAUAGCUUGGCAGGCAUGUCUCCAGCCUCCUCAGAUUUCCAUCCUCCUCACUUCAGGUCCCCAGAGAUGCAGUCAAACAGCACUACUGCACAUCAACAAAACCCAUCGAUAUUGUUUGCUCGACAGGGUUCGGGAAUCAGCGCUUCUAGUGUGGAUUUCAUGACACCAAAUCAAUCCUCCAACUUGUUGUAUAGCAGUACAGUACUCAAUGGUGACAUGAAAUAUUCCAAUGACAACACGAACAAUAUUCAGAACCAACAUCGUGCAGGGGCAGCUAUCUAUGCUGACCCACAAGACAUGGCUUUUGCUCAGUCCAGUCAUAGUAUGGGCAUGAAUCUGCCCGAGUUGUCCUCGGUGGACGACCCUAUGUUCUGGAGUAAUAUGGAUAGUAACCUUUUCGAUAUUUUCGGAGCUGUAUCAUGGGAAACCAUGACUGGACCUGUAGGUGUGAAUGCUAGUCCCAACACAUGGGAUAUGUCAUCGUUUGCGGACCAAGGUGGCGGCAUUGGUGGGAACAUGAAUGACUUGUUCGAGUCGAACGGACAGGCGUAUUUGUAG